AGAUCCAUGACUCAGUAGCCACCUUGAGAGGAAAAAAGCCAAGGGAGGAGAGCCAGGUACUUCGCAACUUGUAGGAUUUCAUCGAGUUAUUUCCUCGUUAGCUGAUGGAAAACUUCACUUCUUUUCUGUGCUACAUACGCGGAGGAAAACGCAGAGCGAACCCCCCUGCCUAGUGGUGGAAAAGACAGAGAAGGGACAUGGAUCGAACAUAGGGAUGGAGGAGGAAAGGAGACCUCAGGGAGGAGUGGAGACGAGGGGAGAGGAGAGCGAGAGCAGGAGAGCGAGAGCAGGAGGGGAGGGGGAGAAAACAGGAGAGGAGAGGUGAGGAAAACAGGAGAGGAGAAGGCAGAGGAAAGUGUACAGGAGAGAUUGGCUCCACUCAAGUGGAUUAAUCCAAUGUGGCAGUUACUAUUGCUGCAUUUCAGCAUUAUGGUGCACAGCUAAAGACCUAUGAACACAUUGACAGUAGCCAACAGUGAUAAUAUGCAAUCAAUCAAGCAAGAGGUGGACUCCAUUGAGCCCUACAGUGGAGAGGAUGCCCUGGUCCUGGCUUUACAAGGGGCUAGCAGAGACAUGAUGGGCCAAAAAAUCUCUGCAAAUCCGUUCAAGGCUAAAACCUCCUGUCGCAGGAAAAGAGAGUUCAUCCCGGAGGAGAAGAAAGACAACCUUUACUGGGAGAGGCGUCGCAAGAACAACGAGGCGGCCAAGCGCUCCCGGGAGAAGCGCCGCAUAAACGACAUGGUCCUUGAGAACAAGCUGAUGGCCCUCGGAGAGGAAAACGCCUCCCUCAAGGCAGAGCUGCUGUCACUGAAGCUGAAGUUUGGCCUGGUGAGCUUGGCGGCGUACGCACAAGAAGUCAAGAAUUUAUCCAGCUCUGCCAACAUCGACCUCUACCAAGAGUAUGUUCCACCCAGGGCCGCCCAAAGUUCUUCCAGCAGGGUUUUGGAGCCUCAUCACUCGCGCAGCAGCUGCAUAUCAGUCAUCAAGCAUUCGCCUCACAUGCCCGAGACUUGUACCGCAACUCAGGGCAGCUUUAGCAUCUGUGGCACUGCAGAUGUCAAGCAGGAACCAACGGAGAACGCCAGCUAUGCACAAGAGAGAAGCAGUCCCUACGAACUCUAUAGGAACUACAUGGCGAAUCCUUCGUCUGGAGUCUUCUCCCAGCAGGCUUCAUUCCUGCAGCUCACCAGGUCGUCCAGUAACUCCCCCAGGAGCUCGGACGACAGCGCCGUAAGCAAAUCGUCAGACGGCGAGGACGAGCAACAGGUCCCCAAAGGGCCGACGCCGUCCUCGGCCGAUCCAAGAAGCGUCAUCGUCUCCACACACAAAGUGCCGGACGCCGGUUCUUCAGCUUUGCCCCAUAAACUGCGGAUCAAAGCCAGAACCGUUCAAAUCAAAGUGGAAGCCGUAGACCCUGAAUACGAGUCCCCUAGGAAGUCCUCCUCUCCCUUCAGGGGUUCAGAGGGAGGACGCUGCCAGACCGCUCUGGACUCUUACAACCAGUCCUCCCCGUGCCCUUUGUCCUUACAGGUCACCAACAUGCAAGACUGGACCCAUCAGUCUGAGCAGUGGCAUAAAAGCAGCACAGAGACACAGCAGAACGGCUACCAGAGUAGCACGAGCCCCGUCUCACAUAAAACCCUCGUUGAUGUUAAAGAACUGUCGUACGCCGGCGACUUGUUUCUACCACAGGGCCUCGCCGACCCGUCUGCUAAAGGGUUCUCCCUGAAAAGACCCAUCGCUGCACUGCAAGGGUCCGUGAUAGAGUCAACCAAAACCCCCACGCAUCAACAUGAGCCUUUAUCAAAAGGAGGUUCCUUUGCAUGACCUUUUUGUAUUAUUUUUUUUGUUGCAUUUCCACUGUAUUUGUUGUUGCACUGUGUGGUUGAUAUUGGGGUUAAACAAUGUUUAGAUUACCGCAAAAUAUCAAAUUAAUGGUGUUCAAAUAAUAGCUGUUAGAUCACAAACAAAGGCUGUUCACUAAUAUAGGCUGAUUAAAAAGGAAUUAACUGUACUGUAAUGGUUGAUAUGGUUAAUUAAGUUUCAUAUACAAUGCCACAGCACUCAUUCCAUCAGUACAACACAGUGAUGUCACACUCACCACUCUGCUCCUCAGAGUUUUUCCUCUCUAACACACAUACUGUUUUCAUUCACUAUUUGAUUCCAUUUGCUUCUGUCAUUUUUUUUAAAUAUUAAAAGCCUACCAUGGAUGAUAUCCUUUUAAUAAAUUAAA